CACCUGGUAUGGCGGAGGAGAACGCGCCCCCUGGUGGUGGGGGCAUCACGCCCACCGUGCCCAUUCGUGGCAUCCGCAUGAAGUUCGCCGUGCUGGAGGGACUCAUCGAGGCUGGCGAUGUGACGAACCGAGACAUCGUGGAGACUGUGUUCAACCUGCUGGUUGGUGGUCAGUUUGACCUGGAGAUGAACUUCAUCAUUCAGGAGCCGGAGAGCAUCGUGUGUAUGGUGGACCUGUUGGAUAAGUGUGAGGUGACGUGUCAGGCUGAGGUGUGGAGCAUGUUCACUGCCGUGCUGAAGAAGAGCGUGAGGAACCUCCAGGCUUGCACCGACGUCGGCCUCAUCACACUCGUCCUGCAGAGAAUAGACAGAACGGACAGCAUGAUCGCAGACCUGCUGGUGGACAUGCUGGGCGUUGUGGCGAGUUACAGCAUCACAGUGAAGGAACUGAAGCUCUAUUUCAGUAAGCUGCAGGGAGAGAAAGGACAAUGGCCGCCUCAUGCAGUAAAGCUGCUCUCGGUGUUGAAGUCCAUGGCUCAUUGCUCCGGUCCGGACUCUUUCUUCACUUUUCCAGGAAAAGCCAUAGCACUUCCACCGAUUGCUAAAUGGCCGCAUCAGAACGGUUUCACCUUUCACACCUGGCUGCGUCUGGAUCCCAUCAAUAACAUGAACGUAGACAAAGACAAGCCAUACCUGUACUGUUUUCGGACAAGUAAAGGUAUGGGAUAUUCAGUCCAUUUUGUUGGUGGAUGUCUGAUCGUUACGGCAUUAAAGGCCAAAGGGAAAGGGUUCCAGCACUGCGUCAAGUUUGACUUCAAACCGCAAAAGUGGUACAUGGUGACCAUCGUGCACGUGUACCAUCGCUGGAAGAACAGUGAAAUCAGCUGCUAUGUGAAUGGAGAGCUGGCGUCCUACGGAGAGAUUACGUGGUUCGUCAACACCAGUGAUACAUUUGAUAAAUGUUUUCUGGGCUCGGCUGAGACGGCGGACGCUAACCGUGUGUUUUGCGGUCAGAUGGGGGCAGUGUAUCUGUUCAACGACGCCCUCAACGCUGCACAGAUUCUGGCCAUCUAUCAGUUAGGCCCCUCCUACCAGGGCGUGUUUAAAUAUAAAGCAGAAAGCGACCUUCUGUUUGCGGAUCAUCAUAAAUCUCUGCUGUAUGACGGCAAACUGAGCGCCAGCAUCGCCUUCACCUACAACCCCCGAGCUACAGAUGCCCAGCUGUGCCUCGAGUCGUCACCCAGAGACAACAUGUCCAUUUUCAUACACUCUCCUCAUGCCCUGAUGUUGCAGGAUGUGAAGGCCGUAGUCACUCACUCGGUUCAGAGUGCCAUCCACUCUAUCGGAGGUGUGCAGGUCCUCUUCCCUCUUUUUACUCAGCUGGACUUUGUGCAGCCGAACAGCGAAGAGCCUGACAUCUCUGUCUCCUGUACACUGUUGUCCUUCUUGUUGGAGUUGCUGAAGUUGUCUGUAGCGAUGCAGGAGCAGAUACUCGCCUGUAAGGGCUUCCUGGUCAUCGGAUACUCUCUGGAGAAGUCUUCUAAAGUCCAUGUAACGAGGCCCGUGCUGGACAUCAUUUUGUCAUUUGCUCGGUAUUUGAGUAACCUGCCCAACGGCAUCUUACUGCUCAAACAGCUGUGUGAUCACAUCCUGUUCAACCCGGCCAUCUGGAUACACACACCGGCCAAGGUGCAACAAAUCUUGUACACGUAUUUAGCCACCGAGUUCAUCAGCACAGUGACGAUCUACAAUGCUGUACGCCGUGUGGGAACAGUGCUACAGGUCAUGCACACGCUUAAAUAUUAUUACUGGGUGGUUAAUCCACAGGACCGCAGUGGAGUGACCCCGAAAGGCCUUGAUGGUCCAAGGCCUAGUCAGAAGGAGAUCCAUGCUCUCAGAGCCUUCUUGCUGCUCUUUGUCAAACAGCUCAUUAUGAAGGACAUGGGAGUGAAGGAAGAUGAGCUGCAGAGCAUCCUGAACUACCUGCUCACCAUGCAUGAGGAUGAUAACCUGAUGGACGUCCUGCAGCUGCUCGUGGCGUUGAUGUCCGAACACCCGGGUUCCAUGGUGCAAGCGUUCGAUCAGCGUAAUGGCAUCCGGGUCAUUUACAAACUGCUGGCAUCUAAAAGUGAAGGGAUUCGAGUGCAAGCUCUGAAAGUGUUGGGUUACUUCCUCCGACAUUUACAGCCCAAGAGGAAGUCCGAGGUCAUGCUGAGUCACGGUUUAUUUUCACUCUUAACUGAACGCUUGCUGCUGCACUCCAGCCAGUUCUCCAUGACCACCUACAACGUCCUGUUUGAGAUUCUGACAGAGCAGAUCUGCACACAGGUGAUCCACAAGCAGCAUCCUGAUCCUGACUCCACCAUCAAAAUCCAAAACCCACAAAUCCUGAAGGUGAUUGCGGCUCUGCUAAAGAACAGCGUGUCUCCGGAAAGCAUGGAGAUCCGCCGAGUGUUUCUCUCCGACAUGAUCAAACUGUUUAACAGCAGCCGAGAAAACAGGAGGAGUCUUCUGCAGUGCUCUGUGUGGCAGGAGUGGAUGCUCUCUCUGUGCUUUAUAAAUCCAAGCAGCAAUGAGGAGCUGAAGAUCACAGAGAUGGUGUACACCGUCUUCCGCAUCCUACUCUAUCAUGCCAUCAAGCACGAGUGGGGAGGCUGGCGCGUGUGGGUCGACACACUCUCCAUCACACACUCCAAGGUCACCUUCGAGCAGCACAAAGAGAGCUUAUCCCGUGUUUUCCACGAAUACCAGCGGAUGUGUUCCGAUGGCGACAAUGAGAUCAGAACCGUUUCCGGGUCGAGCAGGAACAGUGAACUUCCUGCAGAGCCUGCAGACCCUACAGCUGAACCUCCAUCCACCAUUAUCGAGCUAAAGGUGAAGGAGCAGGUCUGUGGAGAACAUGAUGAACGCAUAGAAAGGGCUCAAGUCACCGUUUCAAACAUUUUAGCCAGAGCUGAGGAAGAGGACACAAAGGAGGAGGAAGCAAAAGAUGAAUCCUCAAUUCAGAAGACACAGGAUAAAGGUGAACCUGAAACAAAGAAGCAUGAGGAGAACAACCUGGAAGUUUCUGAAGGAAAGGAUACCGAAGAAGAAGCUUUAAAGGAAAAGACAGAAGCUGAUAAAGAGAUUGAAGACAAGAGUGAAGCAGGGGAUUUUAAAAGCACCAAAGCAAGCAGCCAAAUGUUAGAAGCUGAUCAUGAAGCCAGUGCACAGAAGAUCUCGUAUGAAGAUGAUGAUACACUGGGAAUCACGGAUGAAAUGAAAAAGAAAGAUGAUGUAGUCCAAGGAGACAGUGAAGAGAAAGAACAGAAAGAGGGGAAGAUAUCUGAGAUAACUGAAGAGGUCCUCAAGAUAGGGGAGAGCCCCAGUGGGGAAGAGAUUCUAGACAUUGAGGUGCAGGCCACUGUGGAGGCGAGUCCCAGCACAGAGAUGGUCCAAAGUGCAGAGCAAGUUCCUAGUGUCCAGGGAAGUCCUAGUGAGGAGACGAGCUCCAGUGUGGAGAAGAGCCCCAGCACGCAGGAGGAUACUACUAUUAAGGAGACCCCUAGUGUGGAGAUGAGCCCUAAGAUGGAGGAGGGCCCGAGUACUCAAGGAGUCCACAGUGCAGAUAUAAGCCCCAGCACACAGGAGGGUAUUAGUGUCCCAGAGAGCCCCAGUGCAGAAGCAGGCUUCAAGCCUAAAGAUGUUAAAAUCGCCAGACUGGACGUCUCCAGUGUAGCGAUAGACACAGAAAGACUGGAGCUGAAAAACACCUCAGCUACUGAUGCAGGCCAAGGCCAAGCGGCCACUGGGUCUUCUGCGCAGAAUCGAGACAGUUCCCCGUCCUCCCCUCGCUCCAGCAUGUUCCGUAUCCCAGAAUUUAAGUGGUCUCACAUGCACCAGCGCCUGCUGACUGACCUGCUCUUCUCCAUCGAGACGGAUGUGCAGAUGUGGAGGAGCCACUCUACUAAGACUGUGAUGGACUUUGUGAACAGCAGUGAGAACGUAGUGUUUGUGCACAACACGGUGCAUCUGAUCUCUCAGGUGGUGGAUAAUCUAAUCAUGGCUUCUGGAGGAAUCCUGCCUCUGCUUUCUGCGGCCACUUCAUCCACGCAUCAGUUGGAGGCGAUUGACGCAUCUCAGGGUCUUGAAGUGGAAACAUCUCUGACCUUCCUGCAGCGUCUCAUCUCUCUAGUGGACGUCCUCGUCUUGUCUAGCUCACUGAACUUCACAGAGAUUGAGGCGGAGAAAAACAUGACAUCGGGAGGAGUGCUGAGACAGUGCUUACGCCUCGUGUGCACUAUGGCUGUAAGGAGUUGUUUAGAGUGUCAGCAUCACUCUCUGUCACUCUCUGGAAUGGAGAAAACACAGCAAAGCCUUCUGGGAAAUGCCAUGUUUAUUCCAGCACAGAGUCCUGUUGACAUGCUAACAGGAGGGAUGUCUCCUGUCCGAGAUUUGGAGCGGCUGCUGCAGGACAUGGACAUCAACCGUCUCCGAGCCAUCGUGUUCAGAGACAUUGAGGACAGUAAGCAGGCUCAGUUUUUGGCUCUGGCUGUUGUUUAUUUCAUCUCCGUUCUCAUGGUGUCCAAAUACCGAGACAUUCUGGAGCCCCACAACGACAAGAGAGUCAACACACACACUGCUCAAAGCGCAGAGAGCAUCAGUUCCGACCAGGAAAAUUCUUCCCCACUCCAACGCUGUGACUCCGCACCAGCAAAUGAGCACUCACCUGGUGCUCCAAGCAAUGCUGAAUCCCGUUCGGCUCCGGACGCCAUCUCUGAGGCCCUCUCCACACUGUCAUCAGAGGUCAAAGGUCACGAGGACACAGAAAAGGAUAAAAAGGGAAAGAGCGUAAAGGUGAAGGACAUUUUGCGGAGCCUCGUAAGCUCCGCCCCUGCAGAUGAUGUCAUCGUGGACGCAAGUCUUUUACCACCAGCGUUUUUGGGGAAGCCAGAACUCCACUCUCAGUUUAGUUCAUUUGACAGGAGCGUUGUUGUGGCAUCAAAGAAAAUGGGCGGCGCUUCUGGAACAGGCCACACCUCUUCCUCCUCCUCCACCCUUCCACAAUCCACUACUCCCUCCACAGGUGGAACUCCUGUCGUCAGCGUUUCUGUGGUUUCCACAGGUGACUCCGACCCGAGCGGUGCUGCGGAGUCAGGAGGAGCAGCAGCCGCUUCAAACCUGCCAUCUGUUCCCCUCUCACCCACCACCACCCUGAGUAUCUCGGAGCGACUGGAACACGCUCUGGAGAAAGCUGCUCCGUUACUACGGGAGAUUUUCAUAGACUUCGCGCCGUUCUUGUCCCGAACUUUACUAGGUAGCCACGGACAGGAGCUGCUCAUCGAGGGAACUAGUUUGGUGUGUAUGAAGUCUAGUAGCUCUGUAGUGGAGCUUGUCAUGCUGCUUUGUUCUCAGGAAUGGCAGAACUCCAUACAGAAGAAUGCCGGUUUAGCCUUCAUCGAGCUCGUCAAUGAAGGAAGGUUGCUGAGUCACACGAUGAAGGACCACCUUGUACGUGUUGCAAAUGAAGCCGAGUUCAUUUUAAGUCGACAGAGAGCAGAGGACAUACACAAACAUGCCGAUUUUGAGUCCCAAUGUGCUCAGUACGCAGCAGAUAAACGCGAAGAAGAGAAGAUGUGCGAUCACCUGAUCCGAGCCGCAAAAUACCGUGAUCAUGUGACCUCGACACACCUCAUCCAGAAGAUCAUCAACAUCCUGACUGACAAACAUGGAGCCUGGGGAAGCUCCGCCCACAAUAAGCAGUGUUAUUGGCGUUUGGAUUUCUGGGAGGAUGACCUGAGGAGACGCCGUCGCUUGAUCAGGAAUCCAUUCGGGUCGUCUCACACUGAGGCCACACUCAAAUCUGCAGCUGAGCGUGCUCCAGAGGAUGACGUGCUGAAGGGGCAGCAGCUCGGGAAAGACACGGCGAGGAAUCAGAGUGCCGAGAGCGAGAGUGUGACGGAGGGAGACGACGACACCAUCUCAUCUCUGGAGGAGAAAGAGCUGGACAGUCUCACAGGCACAGUGUCUCUCAGCACAGUAGCUGAGCUGGUCUCUCCUGCACUCGUCAUGAAAGGAACUCUGUCCAUCACCGCCAACGAGCUUUACUUUGAGGUGGAUGAAGACGAAGUUAACGUCAAGAUUAUCGACCCCAAGUUGUUGGCUUAUGCUGAUGGACUGCACGGGAAGUGGAUGUUCUCGGAAAUCCGAGCCAUCUUCUCACGACGGUUCCUCCUACAGAACACAGCGCUGGAGAUCUUCAUGGCCAAUCGAACCUCUGUGAUGUUCAACUUUGCUGAUGCCGCGACAAUAAAGAAAGUGGUUUAUGCUCUGCCACGAGUCGGAGUCGGCACGAACUUCGGCCUUCCUCAGACCAGGCGGAUUUCUCUGGCGACUCCUAAACAGUUAUUCAAAGCCUCUAACAUGACUCAACGCUGGCAGAAACGCGAACUCUCUAACUUCGAGUACCUCAUGUUCCUCAACACCAUUGCAGGACGCACGUAUAAUGACCUCAAUCAGUAUCCUGUAUUUCCCUGGAUCAUCAGCAACUACGACAGCGAAGAGCUCGACCUCACACUGCCCAGCAACUACAGAGACCUGAGCAAGCCAAUCGGAGCCCUGAACCCAAAGAGAGCUGCUUUCUUUUCCGAACGCUAUGAAUCAUGGGAAGACGACCAGGUCCCCAAAUUCCACUACGGCACACACUAUUCCACAGCCAGCUUUACCAUGAUGUGGCUGCUGAGGAUCGAGCCGUUCACUACAUUCUUCCUCAACUUCCAAGGAGGGAAGUUUGAUCACGCAGACCGAACUUUCUCCUCUGUCGCCAGGGCCUGGAGGAACUGUCAGAGAGACACAUCAGACGUGAAGGAGCUGAUCCCCGAGUUCUUCUAUCUGCCAGAGAUGUUCAUUAACGCUAACGACUAUAAUCUGGGAGUGAUGGAUGACGGGACGGUGGUGUGUGAUGUCGAGCUGCCGCCGUGGGCAAAGAGUCCGGAGGACUUUGUUCGCAUCAACCGCAUGGCACUGGAGAGUGAGUUCGUGUCAUGUCAGCUCCAUCAGUGGGUGGAUUUGAUUUUCGGCUAUAAACAGCGUGGGCCUGAAGCAGCGCGCUCCCUCAACGUCUUCUACUACCUCACCUACGAGGGGGCGGUGAACCUCAGCUCCAUCACUGACCCGAUGCUGAGAGAGGCUGUGGAGUCUCAAAUCCGGAGUUUUGGACAGACUCCAUCUCAGCUGCUGAUCGAGCCUCAUCCACCACGAAGCUCUGCCAUGCAGGUGACCCCACUGAUGUUUACGGAGCAGAUGCAGCAGGAUGUGAUCAUGGUGCUGAAGUUUCCCUCCAACUCUCCCGUGGUGUCUGUGUCGGCUCACACCCAGGCAGCUCUAUCCAACCCUGCCAUCGUCACCAUCACAGCCAAUCGCAUCUUCUCGAUAAACAAGUGGCAUGGCCUCACCAGUCACCAGAGCUCUUCGAACACGGAGCAACAGUACCAGCUGCCGGUUGAGAUCGACCCUGUGAUAGUGGGGAACCUGAUGCACCGAAGACAGGUGUGUGAUUUAUUGGAUCAGAGUGUGGAGGUGAACUCUCACUGUUUCCUCGUUACGGCAGAUAAUCGCUUCCUCUUCAUUGCCGGAUUCUGGGACAAGAGCUUCCGCAUAUACAACACUGAUACGGGGAAACUGGUACAGAUCGUGUUCGGUCACCGCGACGUGGUGACGUGUGUGUUUCGGUCCGAGUCGUACAUCGGAGGUGACUGCUACGUGCUGAGUGGCUCGAGAGACGCCACGCUGCUGCUGUGGUACUGGAGCGGGAAACACUGCUGCAUUGGUGACACACAUAGUGAAUUUGUGACUCCCCGAGCAAUUCUUACGGGCCACGCCUGUGAAGUGACCUGUGCAAGUGUGUGUGCAGAGCUCGGAGUGGUCAUCAGUGGUUCUAAAGACGGCCCGUGUCUGUUACACUCUGUGAGUGGAGAGCUGCUGCGCGUGUUUGAGAGCAGCGAGAAGCCGAUGCUGAUGCAGGCGAGUUCAGAGGGACACUGCGUCAUCUACCACAGCUCCGGACACGUGUGUGUGUACAGCAUCAACGGCAAACUGCUGCGUGACACACACAUUGAGGACAACAUCAAGGCGAUGGUAUUGAGUAAAGAUGGUCAGUACCUGCUUUGUGGAGGAGAGCGCGGUAUUCUCACUGUGUGGCAGCUCCAUGAUCUUAAACAGCUCUUCACUUAUCCAGGCUGCGAUGCUGCCAUUCGCUCAAUGGCUAUAAGCAGUGACCAAAGAUGUAUCAUUACCGGCAUGGCGUCUGGCAGCAUUGUUCUCUUCUACAACGACUUCAACAGAUGGCAUCAUGAGUACCGAACCCGGUACUGAUGCCCGUUUCCACGGUCGCACACUGUAACAAUGAUGGCACCGGUGACCGUGGCAACAGCCCAGUUGACUCCUGAACACUGAAUGUAAUCAGAAUAGUGUAGUUAUUUUUUAAUAGUGUUUUGUAGAUCUCAAAUUUUCUGAUUAAAUAUAAAAUAAAAUAAAAAAAAAUCUAUUUUAGCUCUAUUUUCACCUUGAGGCUAUCAUGAAUGCGUAAAUAUAAAUAUACAGAUUAAAUAUUAAGCAUGUGCCGAUAACGUUAAUAUGGCUCGAGUAUCACCUGAUACCAGGUCUCCACGUUAUAACGAUAUUGUUUCGUUAAUAAAGGACUGCCAUCCGCCAUGUCGAAUAACAUCUAAUCCUGUACUGCCUUCAAAAUAGUGCACGCUUCAUAAAUCUGGGAGAGCACCGCAAACUGCACAACAAACGUCAGAACGUGUCCAAUCAUGACCGAUUCUCGGCACAUGCUUAAUGAAAUCCCUUUAUGUGUUUUUCUGGGUGAGUGGGCUUUUUUUUGUCUUUAUCCUGUGACUGUUAUCUUGAGCAAACUCUAAAUCUGAUUAAAAUGGAGAAUUAAGCUACAAACUGCAGAGUAACCCAGUCAGCUGCCUCAAUUCCAGAUUCAAACUCUCAUAGAUCAUUAAUAAUGAGCCUUGUCCUUUAUUCUCUCAAUUCUAUGCAAAUGACGUUACGUGAAGCAAAAUCGCGAAAACGAGCGUGUUAGAAAAACCACAUCACCAGUUUUUACAGAUCAGUGCUAUUUAAUUUGUCUUUAACUACUCAGCCUUCCAUCAUUUCAGCGAGACUGGAUUCUGUUCGAAUGUGGAAUAACAUAUCGGAUACACGAUGUGCGAUCGAAACCAGCAUUUUAGGUGAAGUACGUCGAGCACAGGACGUCACGUGACCAAUCUGUGAAUCAAACUUAACUUUAGCUCUGCCACUAGCUGAGUGAUUAACAGUUAAACUUGCACGGUGUCAGCUGCAGCGUGAGCUUUGGGGUCGACAGCAGAAUUUUAACUUUACUUUUAUGUAUCAUUAUUACAGAGGAAAUCCUGACUCUGAUGGGGUUUUUUUUUCAUUGAGAGCAGCAUCUGUAAUGAUCUGUGCUCUAUUUAUGUUUCUUAAAAGGGCUUUAAUUUGAAUAUCAGCAGAAAAAUUGCAAAUGAUAUAAUUUUGUGUGUGUGUGUGUGUGUGUGUGUGUGUGUGUGUGUGUGUGUGUGUGUGUGGAGGGUGAAGCAAGUGGAUUGCAAAAUAUAUUAUUAUUAUUAUUAUCAUCUUUUUUUUCUCCCAAACAUCUGUUGAUUUACCAAACGAGUCCUGGUGUGUCUUACUGUAGCUGUGUACCCAUGUAAACAGGAAGUGAUGUCAUCAGUAAAAUCUCUUAAAGCUUCAUUCGAUUAAUGCCUGCACUAUGACAUGCUGACAUAAUGUUCACUGUAUGAAGUGUACUGAAUUAUAAACCUUCAAAUGAAUCACUGGAGCGUAGGGACUGGGCAUCGUGCUGAUAUCGCGAGCCUUGUUCUCAUUCCAUGCCUAAACAUGCCGUCUGCUUCGGCAGCGUCCUCCCGUGUAGAACCCACAGGGAGGGGUGAUAUUUCACAUCCUCACUAUUAACACAUGCCUAGUGAUGAGGUCAGUCAGUGAUGCCUACUAGUUUGUUUGUUCUUUUUUUUUUUGUGAUGUUUUGUUUGUUUCCAUGACAAUCAGAAUUGAAACGUGACAAAAUUGAAACAAUAAAAGAGUUUUAUAAUUGAA